AUGCAAAACCCAACCCACUACAAGAUUCCAGCUUGGUUCUUGAACCGUCAAAACGACAUCACCGAUGGUAAGGAUUACCACACUUUGGCUAACAAUGUCGAAUCUAAAUUGAGAGAUGACUUGGAAAGAUUAAAGAAGAUCAGAGCUCACCGUGGUAUCAGACAUUUCUGGGGUUUACGUGUUAGAGGUCAACAUACCAAGACCACUGGUAGAAGAAGAGUUUAA